AUGUUUUAUGGUCAUGCUUCCUCACGUAGCUGGUUGGCUUGGUUCCAGACAAAAAAAAUCUUUAUAUCAGAAAUUUCUGAAACGUCAAUGGAAAAACACUUUCGGAACCAGAGCCCUCCAUUAGAGAACCCUACCGGCAGCAAUUUAGCUACAUACGCACAAUGUUGUCAUUUCUCGUUUCUCCCACGAUAACGCAAUACAUCCAUGCGAUAACUAGCCAUCUUUACCUCAUGUUAUUCAGUUUGUUAAGUAAUUCAGAAAGCCUUUUUAGAAAGGAUGCACCCACAGAGCAUCACAGCAGAGUCAGAGAGCUGCCAUCAGCGGACAUCAUGUAGGCCUGUGUAGGCAGGAUAGAUAAUAACGGUAGAUAUGCGUUUGAACCAUAUUAGGUUUGAACUGUAUUUUCGCGCCACAGCUUUGUCUGUCAUUUGCGAAGAAGAGGAGGAGCCGGAGAUUCACACAGGUUGGAAUCCUAUAACCAUUAAAGGAAACAUCUCAUCGUGAGGCUGUUAAGGAAACCACCAGUUGUUCUGGACCUAAAUCCAUGGUCCCACAAACUUCACAGCGUCUUUCAAGUGUCACAGCAGAUCAUUCAUAUGCCACAAAUCUGAGAGGGGCUGUGACUGCUAAGCCCAGAGACAUGGAGAUGACUGGCAGCUGUAAUCAGCGGUAUGAGAGUGAGGUGUAUGGAGGUGUUUCGUCUUCAGAUGAUGACUCUAUAAGCUUGUUGUGUGAUCUUAAGACCUGGCAAAGCAUAGGAGUAGCGGAGGACAUGGACAUCAGUGAUUUAUAUUCACAAUUUGGCAUCAAAGAGCAGAAUAAGAAAGUUGAGGUGGAGAUAAACAGACUCAAGCCCCCCGAGCCAGGGAUAUCCAGCUGUACCAAGUCUGUAGCAGGCCCUGCUGAUUCUACAACCCAAUCAGGUAAUUCAGCAAAGGCUUCGCAAUGUCUGAAAUUCACCAAGAAGCGACUUAACAAGCGAGAUGAAAAGGGAGAGAAUCUUCUGCACAAAGCAUGCAAGAAAAAUGAUCUGGAACAAGUCCAAAUGCUGAUUCAGGCUGGGAUAAGUGUCAACAUGGAGGAUUAUGCAGGCUGGACAGCCCUCCAUGAGGCUUCUCUGGGUGACGAGGCAGUGGUUAAGGAGCUGCUGAAGGCUGGAGCCAAUGUCAACGCCAGAAGCUUUGAUGGUGUCACACCCCUAAAUGAUGCUGUUAUGUCUGGAAACUAUCAGGUAGUGAAGCUUCUCCUCCAGCAUGGGGCCAACCCCAGUGACAGGACUGUCGGUGGCCGGAGUGCACUGGACAUGGCAGAGGACGAGACUAUGAAAGAGCUACUCUCUUUCCCAGGACCUUCGGUUAUACAUGAGCUGCCUCGUGAGGCGCCUACACAUCAAGAACAACCAGGUGACCCAUCUUCAGAGGCUCGGUGCCACCAGCAACUCUCCUGCCAGAGCACCUUUAACAAGGCAAAUAUGCAAUCCAGAGAAUCAGGUGACAGAGACGGAGCCAGAGAGCCUGGUGACAUUCAGCUGAGGAAGAAAGACACCACUGCGGAUUAUCUGAGUCAUCCAGAGGCCAUAACAGCGGUUUUGGAGGAGAUGGAGAAGAAACUAUCAGAAAUAUGGACUUGGCCUAUAACAGGUCCGGAAGAUGCAGGCAGAUAUAACGCCGCUCUAACACAGAUCCAGAAUGUGCUGAUGGAGGUGCUCAGCAAACACCAUAUGGAGAAGGAGAACCUUGCCCGAAAAUCCCGGAGUGUGCCCGACUACCUUUGGCACCGUGUGUUGAAAAGUCAACUCGCCUCCCUCGCUUCACGUCAGAGGAACUUGGAGGAGAUCCUCCAGUUGCAAUCGCAUUUGGUAGAGAAGUUUGUAACCAUGAAGGCCAAACUUUCCACUCAGCCUCCCAACCAUCAGGACAGUACAGUAGUGAGACAGCAGCCAGAUCUGGUCUCCACGCUGGCCUCUUUUAAAGCUAGAGAAGAACACCGCUGCGGUCCAAAUGGUCAUAGAACAGAAAGCCAUGAACCAGUUACACGGACCAGUGGGUUAGGAUCGAUCCUUACAUUUCCCACGCCUCCUGUUCGUUCAGCAAUGAAUGCGAGAGCCGGUAGCCAACCGAGCAGUGCCCCACAGGCAGGAAACACUUUACAACACAUCAACUUUCAGACGAAAGGAAACAAUGCGCUGAUACAGACAAGAGCUGAAGACACCAGCAAACAUCUCUCCAUGCUCAUCCAGAGGGGAGUGAUGGAAGUUGGAAGUCUUGUGAAGUUUUUUUUUAAGCAUGACUGGCUUUAUGCUAAUGUGCUAGAGGAUGGCUCAUUAAAGGACAAAAAAGGCAGUAAACACCCAACUCCAGAACACUGGUUGGAGGUUAUCCUUGGCAACAACAUCCCUGUCAGCUCAUCCUACGCCUGGGACAAGGUGCUGUUCAAAAACAAACCUUUGUCGCAUUACUUCUUGAACGGGCAGACUGAAGGUCCUGAGGACGAUGUCCGGCGCUACACGGCUGCUCCUUCUCAGCAGGCGCUGACCCCAGAGGCCGUUACCCUGAGAAGUCUUAUGAAAAUCCGGAUAAUUCAUCUGGUGGAUGACGCAGAGCUGCUGCCCAACGCCAUGAUGGACUGUUACUGGGAGAAGCUCCUUAAGAACGACUGUUCAGAGUCUGACGACUGGGGCACUGAAUUAUUAUAAUAAUCCCUCCACACACGUUCUCCAGAACUGUGUUUGUUUUGAGAAUUGAACUUGUGAGGUUUACAUAAUCUCUGUUUUAUGAUCAAUUCACUGUGGGUCUAAUGUGACUUCCAAACCCACCAAUGGGAUUGAAAAGUAUUUCCCUCUAAUUUAUUUAUCUUCGAUCCUUUCCCUCUUUACAGCUGUAAUGUUCUGUAUGUGUUUGUGCUUCAGCUUUCUACCAGAAUGACACUGUAGUUUGUUACUGUAGCCAAAAACACUCAUUUCAGUGUUCUGUUCAUCUGCCUGAAACAAAAGCAAUAAAGAUAAUACAGUUGA